AACAGAUUUCUGUAAAUUACAUCUUUCAGAAUUUUCAGUUCUCAUAGAUUUCGGAUUGUGUUUGUAGUGUUUAUACCUCAGAUAAUCAACAAAUGGUGGUUUAUAGUUUAUUCAUUAUAACUUCAUUUGAUCAACAAAUGCGAACAAAGAUUCAUUCCCGUAUACAAUGAAAAUCGUUUGCAAUGUAUCAGUGGGAAACCGCCAGCUGCCGAUCAAUAAACCCAAAAAACAUGUCAAAUCAACUUUGGCGCUCUGCAAGAACCCGAACUCGGGCGAUUUCUGCAUCAUCCUCUUCAAUGGCCAUAAUAAGAACGGCACCAAAUACAACCUGAAAGGCAACGUCAAACAAGUUCUGACAAAGUUUGCUAGCGAAGGAAAGUGCACAGUACAGUUCAAGAUCCCAGAGCACGACUUAUACAUCUCCUGCGACGCUAUUCAACUGAAAGGCUUUCUGCACCUCUUCAAGCGAGUCCUAGAGAACAAGGUGACUAGCAAGGAGCUUACCGUGUCUAGCUUGGCAGUCACUCCGGUGAGAGCCCAAGACAUGGCCCCUAGAAAGCUGAUCAUCACAAAACGCUCCGACUACCCCUCCAAAGGGUUCCCAAGAACCCUCGAGGAGCUGCAUAUCAACGACAUAGGCCGUUGCGGCGUAGACGUAGGGAUCUUCCAUCUGACCAAGCUAAGAGUCCUCGACUUGAGCUCCAACUGCAUAGAGUUCGUUCCGGAAGAACUGAACAUUCUGCCGAACUUGAAAGAAUUGAACCUCUCGGCCAACCGGCUGCACAAAGCCACUUUCAGGCAGUGGAGCUGGAUGCGGGGGAACCUGGCCAAGUCUCUUGUGCUGUUGAACCUCAGCCACAACGAACUUGUCGUCCUGCCCAACCAAAUUCGCAAGUUGCACCAGCUCCAAACGCUGAACUUGAACUACAACUCCUUGCAAGCCUUGCCCACUAGUCUAGGUAGCAUGAGCAAUCUCAAAAUCUUCUCCGCAUCUAAUAACAGCAUUAAGUCUUUGCCCGGCAGCUUGAAGAAGUUGCGCCUCCAGUCAAUCGAUGUUUCGCACAACAAUUUCUUGCAGCAUGUGCCACACAGGCCUGCAGAUGUGUCCUGUCCGCUGAGAGUGUGCUCUCUCAAGGAAUACGCUUCUAGGAAAGUUCUAGGGGCUCGUCUGCCCUACCCUCCAGGCUCGCUACCUGUCACUGUGAUAAACUACUUGGACGACGCUGGGUUUUGUGUGUGCGGUAAGGCGUGUCUUGAAGUUUUUGUCAAGAGCUCGCACAAUCUAAUGUUGACGACAAUCGCUGAAAGCGUGAGUACUUCGGUGGGGGAGAAGAUGUUUGUGCCCAUAGACUGUUACUUUUGUUCUUUGAAGUGCUAUAAUUUUGCUUUGCAGACUAGGACAAGGCAUCCUAUUGUGAGGUAGGACGCGGUUGAUUUGAACUGAUAGGGGUAGUGUAGUUGUGGUUUUGUUGGUUUGUUUAAAGGAAGUUUUGAUGUUGUUUUGAGUUGUGAUUUUGUAGAAAUUAUUCAGUGGCUAGAUGGCUUUCAAAGGAUGACUGUGUAAUAAAGAAGAAGAAGAGUUUUUAAUUUGAUACAGCGUUGGCCUACGCUUCACAGGUCUAUCAGCCCACAGGUGACUUUCAUAAAGUGUCCGGUUUUUCGUGCAGUUCAUUAGUCUUCGAUUCUAGGAUUGGAAUUUUGAAAGAUGAUUCUAAAAUCCCUGAAUUUUGCAGCAAUGAAAUGCAAUGCAGAUCCCUCCUUCCUGGACAAAUGCAUAACUUACUAUUACUGCUAAAAUAUAAAUUUCGUGAUAUUUCACUAAGGUUUUGAUGUUUUUAUGUUUAAUAAUUUAUUGUAGACUAGGAAAUGGUAAAUGGUACCCCAUUUGCCAAAGUUAUUUGCACAUUACAGAUGUUUGUUAUUGAAAUGAAGUUUUCCCUGGAAAUAUGUAAUUGGUAACACAUGAGCCAGAAAUACAGGUACCUCUGUUGCAUAUUACUAAUCUUAUACAUACCGGAUCUGUCAUUCACGCCAAAAAUUAUUCGCUCUGAAUGAGAGCAGAUAACUUUUGGCGUUAAUUAUUGAAUCUGGGUGGGAACAAUACACUACUGUUGAUUACUACUUUGAACAGGAUAUAUUUCUAUAUAUGUAUUUUCAUAAUCCUACACAACUCUAAAUGAUGUUUACUUAUAUCCCAUAUAACUGAUGUAUCCCUCAAGAUAUUUUAUAUAAGCAACGUUCUUUCAUGAAAUAAUAAUAUAGUUGAUUUGAAUAUAA